GUUUUCUUUUAGCACAGAGGCAGUUUCUAGGGAAAAAAAAUUGAAUUACUUCGCUAUUUCGUUCUCGAUUUUCAAGAUAAAGAUUGUCUACUUUUCCGUCAGCGAUUUACACCUGCUAUUUUCUAUCUCCGAAAUAAUUUUUUCGAAAGCAAAUCAUCAAUAUCAAUGUAUAACUUACUUCCAUUUCGAAUGAUGUCGCUCAACAUCUUCGUCUCGUUCUUCCUGCGUACUAUACGGUGAUUUUUCUUCAAAAUUCGCAUUCAUUUUCCAUUCCGGCAAAGACCCGGACAGCGACACCGUGACACUUCCGGCAAAGCUUCGGCGUCACGAUCGCUACUUAGUACGACCUGCGACAGCGAGCGGCUGUCUUCUACACGAGCAGAUACGAGGAAGAGCGCUAUUACGCCCUCAUCUCACGACCGUGUUUUUUGAAAUCGAAAUUGAUCGAGAGUCUUCUUGUUCGUGCUCGACAUGGUGGAUAUAGUUCCGGCCGACAGCAACACAGCUUCGAUGAAGGCACCUUCAGCUUCACCCUCUCGAAAUGAAAACCCGAAACUAGAAGAAGCAAAAGAGGAACAACGAGACCCCGCAGCUACUGCCGACGAGGAGGCACGAGAAGAUGUCGCAGCGUCAAAGAACAACAACUCCGAAGACAAGCCGAGUAGUACGACCACCGCUUCAUCUGCCUCGAUUCCUAUGAAGAUUGUCAACAUGAAGGUUGGAAAAUCCAAAGCGUCGUCCUCUUCUAGUAGUACAAGCGCCACGUCGAAGAUCACUGCUAUGAAACAACAAGCGAUGAAAGUUACUGCCGCGUCAUCAACUAGUACAAAAAGCAAAAGCGCGAAAGCGGACGCAGAUCGCGAAAUAAAAAACAAAGACCUAUCUCCAACCGCCGAGAACGCCCGAGGUCGCCCAGUAGCCGGCGCUGCCGCCGCAGAAGCAGGUGAAGACGCGGAUGUCAACGGAAUAAACAAGAAGCCUCCAACAUCUAUCGCGUGCAAAUGUGCCUAGGGGGUAGGGUAGGCCCAAAUCUUUUGGGCUGAUAAAAAUACAGCUUUUUUCGCAUUUUUUGCAUAUUUGGUGCAAAAAAAUUGCACAGCUUUGGGCCCCUUUGCGCAGCCCGUAUGCAUUUAUUGCGCCGCGGCUUCUGUGCCCCCUUUCUGUGCGCACGCUAUCCGGUUUUUUUUUUUGUGUUGCGCGAUGAAGAUGCUGCGGCACAGGCCGAAAUCCCAAUCGCGCCUCGCAUUGUGGCCUACGUGCCGGCCUGUUGCUGUUCGUGCGCAGCUUUUCUCCCAGACGAGAAGCCGGGAAAGUUGUGGCGCAGUCUGGGGCCCAAGCACCCCGCUUUGGCCACGGGCUUGGGCAAGGACAUGGCCCGAUAGAUGGCGGCCGCCCAAGAUGAUUUGUAUGGCUAGGUCGGUGUAACAAGAACAACUUGAGCUUGAGGCCCGAACGGGCCACAAUUUUGAAUCUUUGCAGCCUGCACGCAACAAACUGCUGCGUGCUGCCUGCAAAGAUUCGCCACUGCAAACAAACUCGCCAUUAUACCAUGGCCCUUUCUGAGUGCGCAGCAGCGUGCGUAUUCGUCACGCCUUGCCAGCUGCUUCGCUCCUCGCCCGUUGCCUCGGGUCGUUUUCAUCUCAGCGCGGCGCCAACAAGUACCUUCAACGAAAGAAGGUGUUUGGAAGUCACGAGGGAAAAACAAUUUUUAUCAUGAAAAAACGCGACUUUGCGUGAAGGCUAGACCACAAUUUGUGGUCGAGAAGCUGGUGGAGAAGCUGGUGUAGAAGCUGGUAGGGAAGCUUGUGAGAAAGCAACACGCCUACUCGCUUCUUUGCCCGCUCACUCUUCGCGUUGGCGACCGAGAAGGAAACUUGGGCGCGGAUCGAUCUGCCGUGGGCGAGGAAAUGCGAGCCUCUGCAGCCCUCACGCAACAGCCUCCUGCGUGCUGGCUGCAUAUCUUCCCGCCCGUGGGUAUUUGGGCUCCAUUUCCCGUCUGUGGAUACUUCGCCUCCUCCGGUGUGUUCUCCGCCACCUUGGCCCAACCUUUAGUCGAGCCCCCGGCAGCCCAGCCUCACUCCUUCCUGCGCUAUCGCGCAGCCUCUUGCUCCUGCUCCACCUCCGGCGCCGCGCCUGGCGGAACCUCGGGCCCCGCGCCUGGCCCAGCCUCUGGCCGGCCCAGUCUAUCUCUGGCCCUGCCCCGCCUGGCGUAGCCGGCUGGGCCUAUCGCUAUCUCUGCCCCACCCUCGGGCCCAGCCUCUGGCCCAAGAACGAUCGAACCGCCGCCCCGGAGGUUCGGGCUUCUGAGCUGCAACACCUUUGGCGCCAGCUUGGGCACCAGCUUCGGCACCAGCUUCGGCACCAACUUCGGCACCAACUUCGCCACCAGCCUUAGCACAAGCUUUUUUGCAGCUUUUUGCUAUUUUUCUUUGGUGCUACCCUACCCCCUAGGCACAUUUGCAUUUGAUAACAUCAAAGAUGAAGCAAAACAAGAAAUCUGCUGCUGCAGCGGCAGACGAGGAAGAGCAAGAGGAAAAGCAAACCGAAAAUAAACCUGCGGGCGAGGGCCAAUGCGACGAGGACGACGAGCUUCCGAAUCGGGGGCGGGACAGGAUAGAGCGCGCGGCCGCGGCGAAAAACGAGAAGCGGCGAACGCCAACAAAGGAGUGGGAAAAAUGUUCGCUGCAAGAAAAGGUCAAGGACUGCCUGCGGCGGGAGAAUUUCAAGGAUUUGGUGGAGGUUUAUCCACAGAAAAAAACCAUGAUCCCCAUCCAUUCUUUGCAUAACACACACUGGAUUUUAUUUAUGUUUCGCAUGACAAAUUAGAUGGCGAUCAUGGGUCUUUUUCUUUGGAUAAAGUGUUCAAAGAGUCGAAUAAGAAGGACAAAGACGACAAGUAUCAGGUCAUCUAUGAACUGCAAAAGUAUCGCACUCGUAGUAAUUGCAUUCAUGCAUUACAAAUCUCUUUCUUAGGGUAAAUCAGCAUUACAAAUUCAAUUCAAUUUCUUUUUCUAAUGCUGGGGAAAUUUGUAAUGCAAUUUAUACAGGUGCCUGCGUGUGCGUGUGCGCUACUUUUGCAUUGCAUAUCAUCGACAGUUACUUAACGGAAUACAAGGAUGUGUUUCCGGAAAGCGCAGCGCGAAACGCAGUGUUCAAGGACGCGGAAGGAGAAGUGGAUGAGUACGCGGAAAAAAAGGCUUUGAAGCCGGGGGAAGUAGUGAAAACAGAGGGGAUGAAGAAGAAAACAAGGACCUACAUGAACUUGGGGGUAUAUGUUUAUAGGCUUGUCUUGGUGUUAGUCUUAGAAGUCUGAUGAUGGCUUGAUGGAUUCGAGUGGUUUUUCGGCAUAAAAUUUUGUCGCGUAUUUCAAUUUGGAUAGGAGCCUGGUGAUAUGCUAUACCAUUUUCACCAUUACCUCCAGAGCUGCACCGUGCAAUGGCAGCUUUCAUCACAGCUACGACUUGCUUGUCUAUACGUCUUUGUCAUCUAUCAGAUCGUCUCCUGGCGGCCGUAUGGCAAGCUCUCCCGACAGAUGAAAACGGAGCCGGGGAAGAGCCUCGCGAUGCUCUUGUGUGCGGCGCUGGAGGUCGACUGCGAGGCUCGGGAUGGGAAGAAGAAAGUAGAGGACUUGUUCAUUGGGAGUAGUAUUACUUUGAAUAAGAAUGGGACAGUAUCCCGUGGAAAGCCGUCCCCAACCCCAAUUCCCCAGAGUUGUCAUGCAGUUUGCAGCUAUAGGAAAGAAUGAUGCGCGUCCCCAUGAGACACAGACAGAGACAAAGGCGUCUCCAAUCGUGAGCUUUGGCAUUUGUAAUGCUGUAGACAGGAUGCGCAAGUGUUUUUGUGAUGCAGCUGGCCUUGAUAAACUGCACUGCAAUACACAGAGGAACGCGUGGUCAUGUGUGAGGAGUCACGCAUUACCACAAGCUCCUCUCUGUAUGGAUUUGUGUUGCCAAGACGUCCCUAUUUUGGCUCUGGCGGGUGGGCACGCUUUUCCUCAGGAUACCCUUCACAAAUGCAUGUCGAUGACGGGAAUUUAGGACAUUCUCGGGUGAUCGGGUUUGGGCGGUACGUUGGCGGGGAAACCUGGGUCUACGACAAGAAUGGGACGCAAUGGCUCAACGUGAAGCCGAACACGUUAGCCGGCAAGUCGGUGGUCAGCACUAUUUACAACCGCGGAUGGUGGGCGGAGCGGGACAAGAAGGAGCCGCUCACCAUCCGGCUGGCAGACAAGCAGACCCCGAUCAAGGCCGACAGGAAAUUUUUCAACAGCGACGAGGGACGGAGGCUGAUGCGUAAGGACUGCAGUAUCCAGUUGCCAUUUAAGAGGGUGCCGGUUUAUCAUCAGGUCGCCGAUUUUAUGGGCCCGCUGCCCCAUGUAUGCAUUGCGAACAUGUCUCGGCGCGGAAACUACUUGUGACGCUGCUGAGUGGUCAUGAUUGAGUGCGCCUGUGCAUGCAGUGACGCAUGAAGAAAUUUGUCAAUCUCUUUUGUUGCUUUUGUUGCUUGUGCAGUACAGAUUUUGCACGAUUGCCAGAGACGCAACACAGGAUCUUGAACCUUUCCAGACCCGGACGUAUUCGCAGUGGAUACCAUGCGACAGCCCCCGCCUUCCCCGGAUCCUUCGUGGACCCGGCGAAGCGGCCCAAGGAGCUGCAAAAAAUCAACAUCCUGGGCGACAUGAGUCCAGAAGAGGCCGACUUCUUGCUGAAGUGGGCGGCAGACCACCAGACGGGAGAGGAUGGGUUCAUAAGGUAAGCACGACGUAGAGGGGAUGGAUUUACUUGCUGUUAGUGCUAUGCUUGAUCAUGGGUGGCCGUGGCGUGGCCUUUUUUGCAGUCAAGUGCCUACUACAUUCGCCCCACCAAGUCGCGGGUGGAAAUUUGAUAAAGAAGAAGAUCGCCACUGCCAAGCUUCCGUGCACGGGCCAGCCCCAGCAGUGUGCCUGCUGCGCGCAGAAAUUUUUGUCAAGCAAUGGUCUGGUGACUGCUCUUUUCUAUCGUAAUGCAUGGUUUCUUUUACGUAGUGUUAGUGAAUCAAUGCAAGAGAAGGACCACUUACUACUUCUGAAAAACCGAAUUUCAUCACCCAGAUAUGUCGCGGUCUUCUAUCCGCACGCGUCCAGUGUGAGUGACCGGGUCGGCGAUGUCUCCGCGGAACGCGCUGCCUCGUACGGUUUCUGCCGCGUGUUCGAGCCGAAAUUUGAAAAGGCCAGGAAGCGGCUCGAGGAAGACUACAGGGCGAUGAUCACGCAGGACGGCUUCGGCGUCGUAUCCUUUGAAGGCGCGGACGGGAAGAAAAAGCAGUUUAAGGGCGCAAAGAACAGUUUGAAGGGCGACCAGGUGGAUAGAUUGAUUUACACAGAGAUUUGGAUUUUGCUUCAGUAGUUUAUUUUGAUGUGGGAGCAGGUGCGCGUCGCCUGAUUUUCUUUCACUAGAGAUCACUAGUACUACAUGUCGAUGUCGUGCCUGCGCCUGCCAGUCGUGCCACUUGUCGUGUAUGCUGCUGUAUUAAAAGCAAGAGCGUGGACAUGAUACAGUGUAACUCUAAACGAUGUUCUUGCGACUGGCUAGUUUAGUGAAGCUUCCGAAAAAAAUUUUACCCACUCUCGUCUUACUUACAACUACGCACAGGUAACCGUGCAAGAAACAGCUGUGAAGGAGCGCACGAUGCAGGUGAUCCGGGACAAAUACAAGGAGGACGGCGAGAAGGAGAUUGCCAAGAUCAAAUUCGCAAAAGGAAACUACAAGAAGGGGGGCUCUGCCGAGACCCGCGACUGCCCGCUCGUGAUUCUCGACGACCUGUGGCGCGACUGGGGCAUCCCGGAACUGGUGGAGGCGGAAAGGCAGGCGAAAAUAUGGAUUGUAAAAGUAUCGUAUUCGUAUAAAUGCAAUUGAAAAGUUGCAAUGCUGAUUUGCCUUAAGAAACAGAUUUGUAAUGCAUGACUGCAAUGCGAGUACGAUAAUUUUGCACAGGAUAGAAAAUUGCAAAGGGUAAAACGGUCCCGGGGAAGGAGGCCUACAUGGGACAAGAGCAAAAAUUGUAUAUAUUAGAAGUGAGCCAGUAGAUUUAGUAGAUUAUGGUCAAAAUUUUUGUAGGAGGUGGAGGUCUAUUUUUCUGCAUGUGCUUCUUCGCGAUACCGAUUAUAUGAGUUCUCUAGAAAAUUUAGAUUUAUUCCAUUGUAUCUACAAAUUACAUUUACACAAACACUACAUCAGCUUGAGGGAGAUCCUGCGAACCUACGCGGGCAGGAAGUUGCCCGACUGGGCGGGGGGAAAAGUGCCACUUCCCUACAAGGACUGGCCCCCAGACUGGUUUUUCUUGAAAGGCACGGACUUCAGCGCACUGAAGGACGCCUACUUGAAGCACUACUCCGGCGAGUGCCGCAUUACCAUCCAGUGGUCGGGGAAGGGCCCCACACCGUCGAUCAAGGGAGUCAAGCGAACCCGGGACGCACCGAAUGUCACGGACGAGUACUGGACGGGCAACCGUUUGAAAGAAGAGCGCAUGAUCAACGAAGACUUAACGGACCGGGAGGACAACGAGACCAAGAGGAUGAAUCAGCUGGCGCGCGACGAGAAGGCGAAGCGGGCCGAGUUGAAGAAUAAAGCGACGGAAACGGAAGAAUUAAAGGAAGGCGAAGGAAGAUCUUCUGGGGUACAACAACCGGACCAAGACGAUUUUGGGGACUCGAAAGACGUCGAAAAUGAAACCGCAGCUGCUUCUACAGAAUCACUGUCCACGAAAAUGAAAAAAGCAAUGAAGGCUGCUGCUGGUGGUGCUGGUGGUGCUUCUAAUCCUGCCGGAGCUUCCACUGCGAGGACAGCGGCUUCGUCGAAGUCUUCAAAGAUGAAAGCGGCAGGUAAAAAGAAGGAGACCGGCGCGGCCGCAGCUGCCUCAACAUCGACAGCGUCUGCUGGGAACAAGGAAGAUAGCAAGGACCGCAAGUCCCUCAUAGAAAAGUCGUCCCCGAUGAAAGAGAAAGAAGGCGGGUCGUCUCAACCCGGCGCCUCCGGGAAGAAAGAUAACAAAGAAAAGGAGAAAAGAAGUCCGAAUGCGAACGCGAUGUCCACCUCCCCAGAAACCAAGAAACGCAAGACGGAUGCGUCAUAAAUCGGCACUAGGGUCGUCUCCAUUCUGCAUCUGUUGAUCCUUAAUCAUUAAUAUCGAUCUUGCUUCUCGCUCCCAGUCCCACCUAGUACGACUACAACCUCAAGUAGUGUUCUUGAUAUAAGCAUUGCGCUUAUUCGCAUCUACCGUAAAAACGGAGCGGAAGGAGACCCGUUGUAUUCCUUUGUGGUAGACCAUCUAUACUUCGAAUGUAGUGGAUAUCUAAUUGAUGUUGUUUGUGGUGUGUAGGUCGAGACUUUUUUUGAAUACGAAACUCAAAAAUUCAAACCUCCUCGCGCGAGAAUCUGAUAUUAAAAAUAUACUGAUAGAUAGCAACAUGAUUUUCUGGAAUGUUGACGAUAGAAAUGUGCCUUGUUCUGGUGCACAACCGUGCUCGUGCUUCCCUCCCGGAGAAAGAACUUGCGCUGCAUAUCAAGUGCAGUAUUCCUCACCACCCCGUGGAGAGAGGAACCACUUGCUGGGACAAAAUGCGUACUAUCUGUCGUUCU